CCUGCUGCAGCUGCUGGAAGUGAAGCCUUGGGACUACUGGUGCUGCUGGGGGGGUGUUGUUGUUUUUCUACUGGAGCUUCUCUCACUGCAGACAUGAUACCAAAGAACCGCCUGGGGAAGCGUUCUCCACUGGGGGCGCUAGUGAGCUCUACAGCCGGCCACCGAGCCGACCAGGAGACGGGCGAGACCAGCGUCAUCAUGGCAACGGCAGCAGCAGGAGGAGGGCAGCACACCGUCAGCAGGGUCAAAGGUCAUCCUGGACUAAAGGUGUAUUUUCAGUGCGGAGGAGCUUCAGGUGAAUCUUCAGGUUUGGUGGAUCAGAGCGAUGUUCCUGUGUGGUCUUCGUCUCAUCCCUCCUCCUCUUCCUCUUCCUCUCCGUCCUCCGUGCCUCACUCCGUCAUCAGAUCCGUCUCGUCCUGCAUCGACGUCCCCAGAAGUCAGAGGACUCCUGCAGACGUGGACAUGGAUGAGAUGAUGGCAGCGUUGGUUCUCAGCAGUUUGUCCUGCAGCCCGCUGCUGCACAACUCCGCCCAACCGGACCCAGCAGCUCCUCUCAUGGACUGUGGAGGCAGCGAGCUCUCCGACAGCGGCAGCAGCGGCUACUGGAGCGUCGGCCACGGCAACGGCAGCCCGGCCCACUCUCCACCAAUCGCAGAGCCCGACGCCGGCCCGGCCUCGCCCCCUGACGAAGGCCUGGACAUGGAGCUGGAGCAGGUGCUGUUUGACGAGCCGGCGCCACGGAGACGCAGGAACUCGGUGAAGGUGGCGUACAGGUGUCUGUGGCCGAGCUGCGGGAAAGUGCUGACGUCAGUGGUGGGAAUAAAACGACACAUCCGGACGACACACCUGUGCCGCGGCGGCGAGCACGAGCGUUGUUCCCGCAGCGAGGAGGAUUUCUACUACACCGAGAUCAACCAACAGCAGCAGCAGCCUCAGACUCCUCCUCUUCCCCUCCACUGCGGCCGCACCCAUUCUCCCACUUCCCCUAACUCGCUGUCCCCCUCCUCCCCUCCCAGCCCCCCACCUCCGUCCCCUCCGUCCCCUCAGUCCCCGUCUCAUCCGGCCUGCAGCGCUCUCAGUCGCUCCGCCCCUUCGUCCUCCGGCUUCUUCUGGCAGGUCCAAUCAGAGCACUCUUACCAGGCUCCGUCUCCGAGCCACGUGGAGCCGACACCACCAGCAGCAGCAGCAGCAGCAGCAACAGCAGCAGCAGCAACGGCAGCAGCUUUGACUACAGCUUCCUGUCGUUUGAUGGCCGCACCCACCACCUGCCACAGACAGGGUUUGUCAUUUCGGGCUCGCUCGGUCAGCGUCGGAGAGCAGUGGCUGCAGCAGCAGAGCGCCCCCUGCAGGAGGACUCGCGGUGAAGCCAAGAAAUGUCGUAAAGUUUACGGCAUCGAGCACAGAGACCAGUGGUGCACGGCCUGCCGCUGGAAGAAAGCCUGCCAACGCUUCCUGGACUGAACCGAGCGGCGGGCGAAAGAAAGAGAAGAAGAAGAGGUAGAAGAAGAAGAAGAAACAGAGAGGAAGAGAGAAGGACUGUGAGUGAGGAGCUGAAUCAGACCCUCAGCUUCACCUGGUGGAUGUUUUAUACUUUCUUAUAUCUGAAACCAGAAAUAUUUCCUUUUUGUACUCUUUCUACAUUUGCCACAUUUUUUUUUUUUUUUUUAAUUUGAAUCGUGUAUUUUGUAGAUUUGAUCAUCUUUUAAAGAACCUGUGUCCUGGUGCAGCUAUGUAUGACGUGACCUUUGACCUGGUCGCCUGAUGAGGGGGAGUUUUUUUUAACGUCCAGCCGACUCUCAGGAGAUUUAUAUCUAAUAUUGUUUCAUCAGCAGCAGAUUCAUACACAUUU